AGGACGUGGGAGAAGGGGGGAAGAUUGGACUUGAGACGUUUCGUGAAGGGAGGCUUUCAAAGUGUUAAUUGGAAGUGGAAGCGGAAGGGCCUUGGGGAGAAUUCGGGUGGAAAAGGAGAGAAGGAGGGUUUGGGGACUGGGGAGAGUGGAGAUGUGCCGUGGCGGUGUAGAAAGUGAGAGACCCGGAGGAAAGUUUGGAAGGAAGGGGAGAUAGGGCAGUGGAGCUGCACGGAUGAGAGAGGUUUGGGGGUUUCCCUCUCCCCUGUGGAAAGACAGCAGAGUUAGGCAGUAUCAGUUGCAGCCAAUUUUAAUUGCCAGGCGCUUAGCUUUUAAUAGGGUGGGAAGGGCAGAAAGGAAUGGUCAUGUGGGUUUGGAGAAUUGGGGUUGAAUGAGGGUUCAACCGGAUUUGCUUUCCAAAACAGACUCUUGCUUACUGCUUCCUUGUUUUUCCUGGUUACAAAUAGGGAGAUGAGUAAAGCGCUCUUCUAGGUUUUUUUUUUUUUGCAAUUAGCCGUACAAGAAUGGGGAGGGAAUCGUGAUUGGAACCUUAUAUAUCAAGGUGGAGGGGCUAGGAGCCUGAGGAGGCUAUGGAAGAGGCAGGCUGGCAUUUAGGUAAUCAGGCUAAUUAAAUAUGCCUUCCUUUGCAGACCCUCCUUUGGCUCUUCGGGUGCUGGGAGGGAAGGGGGGUCCAUAUGCAUAUUUUGAGGCCUGGUUCUUACUGAAGCGUAGGUGUGACUGGAUGCUGCUUUAGUGGCUAUUUUGUUCUUGUGUGCUAAAGGAAAAGGUGAAGUUCGAAAUUGAUUCUGGCCUGCUGAGUGAAGUCUAGCGAAGGAAGUGCUUUCUUGGGCUGCAACUUUUCCCCUUCCAGUUCCCCCUGAGCGCCCAUGUUGUAAGAAAAUAGAUGGACUAAGGAUUUGAGGAGAAAAGGGAGACGGUGUCAGCGGAAUGGUUUUUUUCCCAGAGGUGGUUGAGUUGGGGCUCUUCUUGCUAUGAGCCAUUGAGCCUGGAAGUUCUUGGCGUUGAUACUACAUUGUGAAUUGACAAUCAGAGAGGGGACUUUAGGGACUUUGUUAUGUUUGAGUUCUCUUUAGCUUGGAGUAGUUUGUUCAGUGAGGUGACUUUUAGGCUUCGUUGACUUUUUUUGACUAACUGUGGACCUUUGAAGUUUCAAAAUAAAGCUUGAAAUUUUGCUCUUUCCCUCCUUACUUGUUUUUGUUUUUGUUUUUUCUGCUGGCUUUGAAACUUGUGCUAGGAAGAGACCUGGGAAAUUAAAUUUCUUGCAAAGGACACUGGAGAUUGCAGCUGCUGAGCAGGGGUUCUGGAAGGCACUCUGUCCCUGAGCCUCUAGCAUGGCGGGCCUGAAGCGGCGGGCAAGCCAGGUGUGGCCUGAAGAGCAUGGUGAGCAGGAACAUGGGCUCUACAGCCUCCACCGUAUGUUUGACAUCGUGGGCACCCACCUAACGCACAGAGAUGUUCGUGUGCUUUCUUUUCUCUUCGUUGAUGUUAUUGACGACCAUGAGCGUGGACUCAUUCGAAAUGGCCGUGACUUCUUACUGGCACUGGAGCGCCAGGGCCGCUGUGAUGAGAGUAACUUUCGCCAGGUGCUACAGCUGCUGCGCAUCAUCACUCGCCAUGACUUGCUGCCCUACGUUACUCUCAAGAAGAGACGGGCUGUGUGCCCUGAUCUUGUAGACAAGUAUCUGGAGGAAACAUCAAUUCGCUAUGUGACCCCCAGAGCCCUCAGUGAUCCAGAACCGAGGCCUCCCCAGCCCUCUAAAACAGUGCCUCCCCACUAUCCUGUGGUGUGCUGCCCCACUUCAGGUUCUCAGAUGUGUAGUAAGCGACCAGCCCGAGGGAGAGCCACACUUGGGAACCAGCGAAAACGCCGGAAGUCGGUGACACCAGAUCCCAAGGAAAAGCAGACAUGUGACAUCAGGCUUCGAGUCCGGGCGGAAUACUGCCAGCAUGAGACUGCUCUGCAAGGCAACGUCUUCUCCAAUAAGCAGGACCCACUUGAGCGCCAGUUUGAGCGCUUUAACCAGGCCAACACUAUCCUCAAGUCCCGGGACCUGGGCUCCAUCAUCUGUGACAUCAAGUUCUCUGAGCUCACCUACCUCGACGCAUUCUGGCGCGACUACAUCAAUGGCUCGUUAUUAGAAGCACUGAAAGGUGUCUUCAUCACAGACUCUCUCAAGCAAGCUGUGGGCCACGAAGCCAUCAAGCUGCUGGUGAAUGUGGAUGAGGAGGACUAUGAGCUUGGCCGACAGAAACUCCUGAGGAACUUGAUGCUGCAAGCAUUGCCCUGACCUUUCCCCCUUCUCACCUCUGGGGAUUGUUCGCUCCAUCACGUCUGGAGCUUACACACUGGGGUUUGUUCUCUGCCCUUCAGCCAAUCACACCGCCUUUUUUUUUUUUUU